GGAUUUGCAAUUCAUGUUUCUGAGAAACUCUGAAUUCGCAUUCUUCCCGUUUGAUUCCCGAGAAAUCGAAGGAAAAUAGAAGAAAAACGACCUCGAAUUCUAUCAAAUCCAACUCAACCCUGUUGAUCAUAGUUUUCAAUCGGAAACUUGAACAACGAAAGUGAUUCAAGUGAGUUGAAGAGAAUGGCUUCAACAGGACAACCACAAUCGUCUCUCAAGAAACGUGAUUCAUCUGGAACAAGAGAAGGGGAUCAGCUGAUUAUAACCCCUUUAGGUGCUGGCAAUGAAGUGGGUCGGUCCUGCGUUUACAUGUCUUACAAAGGGAAAACUGUUCUGUUUGAUUGUGGGAUUCAUCCUGCUUACUCGGGCAUGGCUGCUUUGCCGUAUUUUGACGAAAUUGAUCCUUCUACCAUUGAUGUGCUUCUUGUCACUCACUUUCACUUAGAUCAUGCUGCUUCCCUGCCAUAUUUUUUGGACAAGACCACAUUUAAAGGGCGAGUUUUUAUGACUCAUGCAACAAAGGCAAUCUAUAAGUUGCUUUUAUCAGAUUAUGUCAAAGUGAGCAAAGUUUCAGUUGAAGAUAUGUUGUACGAUGAACAAGACAUUCUUCGCUCCAUGGAUAAAAUUGAGGUUAUUGACUUCCAUCAGACCUUAGAAGUAAAUGGUAUUCGAUUCUGGUGCUACACUGCUGGCCAUGUCCUUGGUGCUGCCAUGUUCAUGGUUGAUAUUGCUGGUGUCCGAGUCCUCUACACUGGAGACUAUUCGCGUGAAGAAGAUCGUCAUCUCCGUGCUGCCGAGAUCCCACAAUUUUCCCCUGACAUUUGCAUUAUUGAAUCCACUUAUGGUGUUCAACUCCACCAACCCCGGCACAUCCGAGAGAAGCGCUUCACCGAUGUAAUUCACACUACCAUUUCUCAAGGGGGUCGUGUCCUAAUCCCGGCAUUUGCCCUUGGCCGUGCCCAAGAACUCCUACUGAUCCUCGAUGAGUAUUGGUCGAACCAUCCCGAGCUUCACAAUAUUCCCAUAUAUUAUGCUUCUCCUCUUGCAAAAAGAUGCAUGGCUGUUUACCAGACCUACAUCAAUGCUAUGAAUGAGAGGAUCCGGACCCAAUUUGCCAAUUCCAACCCCUUUGAUUUCAAGCACAUAUCGCCGUUGAAAAGUAUCGAGAAUUUCGAUGAUGUGGGACCGUCAGUGGUGAUGGCAAGUCCAAGUGGGCUUCAAAGCGGGUUGUCCCGACAGCUAUUUGACAAGUGGUGCUCCGAUAAGAAAAAUGCUUGUGUCAUACCCGGAUAUGUUGUGGAAGGAACGCUUGCAAAAACCAUCAUUAAUGAACCGAAAGAAGUUACCCUCAUGAACGGUCUGAUAGCUCCUCUCAACAUGCAGGUCCACUACAUUUCCUUCUCGGCUCAUGCAGAUUAUUCACAGACGAGUACGUUCUUGAAAGAACUUAUGCCUCCAAACAUAAUUCUUGUUCAUGGAGAAGCUAACGAGAUGGGGAGGCUCAAGCAGAAGCUUAUUACCCUAUUUGCCGACUGCAAUUCCAAAAUUAUUACCCCCAAGAACUGCCAGUCCGUUGAAAUGUAUUUCAACUCCGAGAAAAUGGCAAAAACUAUCGGGAAACUGGCUGAAAAGGUCCCGGAAGUCGGCGAAACCGUCAGCGGCUUAUUGGUAAAGAAGGGUUUCACUUAUCAGAUCAUGGCGCCCGAUGAUCUCCAUGUUUUCUCGCAGCUAUCCACUGCAAACGUCAUUCAGAGGAUUACAAUCCCCUACUCCGGUGCUUUUGGUGUGAUAAAACACAGGCUCAAGCAAAUAUAUGAGAGCGUAGAUUCUUCAACGGAUGAUGAAUCCGGGGUCCUAGCUUUGCGGGUGCAUGACCGAGUGACGGUGAAGCAGGAAUCAGAGAAGCAUAUCUCAGUGCAUUGGAGUGCGGAUCCGAUAAGUGACAUGGUCUCGGAUUCGAUUGUGGCUCUGGUAUUGAAUGUCAGCCGGGAGAUGCCUAAAGUAGUUGUGGAAUCAGAGGCUGCAAUAAGUGAAGAAGAAAAUGGGAAGAAGGCGGAGAAGAUCUGCCACGCAUUGCUUGUUUCGCUUUUUGGAAAUGUGAAGACUGGGGAGAAUGGUAAAUUGGUGAUAAGCGUUGAUGGAAAUGUGGCACAUCUUGAUAAAGAGAGCGGUGAGGUUGAGAAGCAAAAAAUGAAGGUCUUAGAGAAAGAUGAGAACAGCGCUUCGCCGAAAUCAAGUGCAGUGAAGCCAAUCCCCCUUUCUGCUGCUUCUUAGUGAGUUCUCUUUGUCGCUGUUCUUUUUGGUUGUUUUUGAUUUCUGAUACCUUGUUUUGUAUCAUGAAUUUGUAGUCCAUCUUUAUAUGGAUGCUAUCUAGAAUGAGUGUUGAAAAGCAUACACUAAUUCACAGUGGAUAAACAGUUGUAGCAAUUCAGAUGUUACAUAGUAGCUUCUUAUUUUCUGCUAA